AGUCAUAUGGAGUACAGGCCCCAGAGUUCAUCGGAGGUUCACAUUGCCAUCCAAAGUCGUCAAGGUAUGCUGGUGCCGGAUGGGUCAUCUGUCUGAAGCCUUACUUUGUGUUCUCCAAGUUAAUAGUUUAACAAUCUAUGGGAUGGCAGGUGAAGUGUUCUCUGUCCCUCUUCCUCAUGCCAUCAAGUCAAUAUGGUCUCUUCCAUUCGGUUUACUUCUCCAGCAGGCACCCGUAGAGAGCUUACUAACAAGUAUUUCGUUGUCAUCCUUGAACCCAUUUUUAAGUGUCCGUGAUGUUUUCCGCCAGAAAAGGGAUGUCGGAUACAGCCCACAACAUAAUUUGAGCCCACCUUAUGAUUGUGAUUAUAGUACAAGAAUCAAUGGCGCAUCAAUGUCCUCUCAUCUGAUAUUGAAGGAUCCCUUAGAGGAACCUCAGAUAAGUUAUACGGAAGAAAGAGGGAAAUUAAAUGUAAUGUGGGAAUUUGAUGAAAAAACCAUUUGGACUAGCCACUGUUUGCCUCUGAUGGUUUCAUAUAACAAAGGAAAGAUGCAACACUCGCUAUGGGUAGUAGAGCUCAAUAACUCCAACCAUGAAGUAGCAAAUUCUAAAUCGUCCAACCUAAGUGCCUCUCAAAUGUCAGGAAAACAUCUUUUCAGAAGGAUAUGGCAGGGGAAGGGUUUACAAACUGCAGCCAGUAAGGUAUUUCUGGCCGCUGAUGAUGAUGCUACACCUAUUGUGUGUUUUCUCCUCCAACAACCAAAAAAGCUGUUGUCUUUACGACUUCAGAGCCUGGAAUUAAAUAGCGAGACAGUCUAUGAUAUAAAGCCUGAUAUGAGCUGGAGCAUAUCAGCAGUUGCUGCUGCCGCCGUCACUGUCACUCGACCCAACGCGAGAGUGAGAGUGGGACAACUUCCAGUUAGCGAUGUUAUUGCUUUGACUCCAGAAAGCACUCUUCUUCUUUAUAUGGGAAAAAUAUGCUUGUGCAAAUAUGUUUUGCCUUCCCCUUUGGGUAAAGUACGAUAUUUCAGCAGAAUGGAGUUUUCGGGAACCAAUGAAACCAUACAUGAUUUAAAGAUCGUGGAUUUAGUUGAUGCUGUAGAAGGGCGCAUCAACUUAGUUCUGGACAAUGGACAG